AUGACCGUUGUGACAGCGUUGACGACUUCAGCGGGAUCAAUGUGGCCCUCGUGUGUUUCGCCGAGCUCGACGAGCCGACAUCCGGCAGCGGCGGGAGAGGCCUCUCGAACGCCCGAGUCCGAAGUGGCUCCGGUGAUUAGCCAGCACGCCCUAGCGCCAGUCAACCACCUCUCUCCACUCGCAAGCCGACCCCACCCACACGCCUCGACCAGCAGUCCCUUAGAACACGGCGCUGCACACCGUUCGUCGUUCAGCUUGCCCCGAGCCGACACUUCGCCGGGGAGCUAUAUGUCCAUGUCGCCGGGGAACUCUGUGCCGGCAAGCCCGGCAAGUGCAGGAGGGGGAGCAAGACGCUCUAGCCACGUCGCGCAACGUUCCGUGUUCGGUUUUAUCGUCGGGCACCACUACACGAGGAUAGACGAUGGGCCACCGUUGAUAUCCGUCGCACCUUCCAGUCUGUCGGCGACCACCGGGGCUCUCGUACGGCACCCGCUCGUGAUCGUGCUCGUCACGUGCUCCGUGAGCCUGUUCUUCCUCAGCAAUUCAGUCGCAUCUCUGUGGAACGGCCUCAGCGACAGUCAGUGCAACUACAGGAAUGGGAGCAACAUUGACGUCUUCCAGGACUACAACAUCUCCGCCCCCGACGGCAGUGCGAUUGCGACCUUCAUCGGUAAGCCGCCGCUCUCCAAAAUCCGCAUGAAAGCUCCUCGACGGACCCCGGCGAACGACGAAGGCGCUUCGGCAAUCUCGAACGGGACCUGAAACCAAACCUUGCAAUUUGACGAUCUUAUCCUUGAGAGUCGGCCGGGAACGUAUCCUCCGCUUCCCUCUAUUUAUAUUCUUCGCAGGGCGCGGUGCGACCCUGACCAACUUUUACGUCAAGGACAAGAACGGUCAUUUCCGGGACGUCGUACUAGGAUGUAGGUAAAAAACACCUUUUUGGGCUCACACGAGGGUCUUUUGCGCCCCUUUCGGCGUCUGUGACAUCACGCCGCGGACCGCUGACUCGGCGCCGCCGGCGCUCCCGUCCCCACGGUCUCCCCCGCGCAAACGAACCCUGUAUGCACUUGCCUUGUUUCGAGCGUGCAGAUGACGGCCGGAGGAAGUACCUCACAGAUCCGGAGUACGCCUACUAUGGAGCUGUCGUGGGCCGGUAUGCGAAUCGGAUAAAGAACGGUACGUAUAUUUGGAAUCGCUCUUUGGCUGCGAUGCUCCACCGGUGACCCUUUGCUGACGCCUACUGGCCGACCCUUUCCGAUUCUCAGCCACGUUCUCCAUUCCACCUCUUCGACACCUUGAUGAGCCGCUCCCACCCGGAAUGACAGUUUACAAAGUCGCUGCGAACGAGCAAAAAGGGAACACAGCACUUCAUGGUGGGAAAUGGGGUUAUUCGAGGGCUGGAUGGUCCUUGAUCAAGCAUGAGGCCGAUCGGAUCACGUUUGGACUCAGGGACCGAGGAGCUGAAGGUGAGUGCCGCCCGACGAGCUUUCCGCCGAACAUAGAAGCUGAUGAUGUUAAACACAUGUACAGGCUUUCCCGGAACAGUCCAUGUUCUUGCUUCGUACACGCUUGGCCCAGAUGCGGUAUGGACAACUAGACUAUCUGGUCAAGUCAAGGCGGGCAAAGCAACGCCGAUGAUGAUGUCGUCCCACGUCUACUGGAAUCUCGAUGGCUAUGGCUACGAUACCUCCGGAGCGGUCGGUAAGACGACGAGCAAGGGCGCACUGGACCAUGUCUUGAAGAUCAAGAGUUCGAGCUAUGUGUCGACCGAUGAGAUCCUGGUACGUCGAAUAGCGAAUGUGUGUCCACUCCGUGCUCUUCUAACCUCUCAAUUCCUUCAACCCUGCAGGUCCCCUCGGGACCCAUUACCCGUAUCGCCUCGAACGCCUCGCCCCUCGACUUCCGGAAAGCGCGGAUAAUCGGUUCCCGCUUCAGUCGGACCGACGGCCUUUGUGGUGGUGAUUGCACAGGUUACGACACAUGCUUCAUCUACGACCAGCGCGUGCCGAGGGAACCGGUGAUGGAGUUGAUCAGUCCCGGUUCGGGGAUCAGGUGAGUGACCUAUCGAACUGCAUUUCAUCAGCCCAGCACGAGCUUACUUUUUCCUUUCUGUCCACAUCACGACCUCACAGCCUAUCAGUCCGCACAAAUCAGCCGGCAGUCCAAGUCUACACGUGCAACCACCAAGGCUCGACGCCUCGCAAGCAUUCGCAUGGUGGACCCGACGCCGGCUUUUACGAGAAGCAUUCGUGCGUCGUCUUGGAGCAGCAGGGGAGGAUAGGGGCGAUUCGGGAGCCGGAAUGGGGGGAGGAUCAGGUACGCUGGGCUCAUUGCGGGUUUGUUGCUGUCGAUGCCAUCGUAGACUGACGUGAAGUUUACGGAUGCUUCAAAGAUUUACACGCCGACGAGGGCCCACGAUUGGUGGAGCGAGUACUCGUUCUCGACCGUUUAG